AUGGUGCAGGACCACGGGGCACGGGUCCGGUGCGUCUUCCUCCACGAGGGCAAACGGAUCAGAGAGGAGCGAGUGUUCCUGGAGAUCCAAGUGUGGGCCCGGCCGCAGGUGUCUGAGAUCCAGGUGUUACCAGAGUGGGACCCCCGCGACAAGGUGCCGUUUGCUGUCCAGCUCCACAACUUCUACCCCAGGGAGGUGCCCCCGAUCCAGUGGGGCUGGGACAGGGCCGGGAGCUGGAGGGAAGACCCCAUGCAGAUAGAUAAGAAAGCGGACGGCACGUUCACCGCCACGAGGGUCUGGAGAGUGCCCAGCCAGAGCCUGACCCGGCUGGAGCUGCGAGUGCGAGUGCAUGUCCAGCACGGCCCCGGAGAGCCCCCGAGCGAGAGAGAGCUCAGCCUGAGGGCCGCGGGGAAAGUGAAAGCCAGAGAGGAGCUGCUGGGAUCCAUUUUAGCUUCACAGGGACAAGGACUCUGGAAGAAAGGAGGGAAAGAUGCAGCCCUGGGGCAGUGCCUGGGCACCCUGCUCCUUCCCGUGGCCCUGCUCCUUUCUCCCCUCUUUGCUGCCCCACACGGUUCCCAGCUGCAGGUGACCACGGCGCCCUCCUCCAUGGCUAGCAGCAACUUUUCCUACCACGUCCACCAUGAGGUUCUGGAGCAGCCGCUGGAGGAACAAGUCCCCGCGUACACACAGGCAACUGCACCAGUGGGUCCGACUGGUUCCGGGGUUGGACCCAUAGAGGGGAUGCUGAUCGUGGUUGGAGGUGGAGCCAUCCUGGUGAUUGUAAUCAAAGGAGGAGCCCCAGCUGCUGCAUCCAGUUACUUCUGCAGGAAGAGAAGAAAAGGCGCAGCAAUGACUCUUGCCACCACUCUGAUUAGAGCUUCCUCGGUGGCUGCAAGGCGAGUAGGAGCUUUCAGAACAUUUAACUUCUGGAAGAAGAGGAGCGAAGAUGAUUCCUGGCUGAUUCAUCCUGCGUGUCAGCCUGGGCCCCCGGGCUGGGCCGUAUCCUACAAUGUCGCAGAGGUGCAGGGGCCAGAGCGGUGCCUGCUGGGCCAGGAGGUGACCCUGCGCUGCUCCAUGGCGGGGACAUUUCCAGAGGAUGCAGUCACAUUGUGGGAGUGGAUCCACAGCAAGGACAGAAUGGCAUUUGAGAGUGACAUGGACCAAGAGAGCCCCGAGCACCAGCUGCUGUUACCCGCCCUCCCCCCGGGCUGGAGAGUGACCGAGGAGAGAGCUGGGACCUGCCUCACGUCCUCCCUGACCUUCACCCCCACGCUGCAGGACGACGGGGCGCGGGUCCGGUGCGUCUUCCUCCACGAGGCCGAACGGAUCAGAGAGGAGCGAGUGUCCCCGGAGAUCCGGGUGUGGGCCUGGCCACAAGUGUCUGAGAUCCAGGUGUUGCCAGAGUGGGACCCCCGCGACAAGGUGCCGUUUGCUGUCCAGCUCCACAACUUCUACCCCAGGGAGGUGCCCCCGAUCCAGUGGGGCUGGGAUGGGGCCGGGAGCUGGGGGGAAGACCCCACGCAGAUAGACAAGAACGCGGACGGCACGUUCACCGCGACGAGCGUCUGGAGAGUGCCCAGCCGGAGCCUGACCCGGCCGGAGCUGCGAGUGCGAGUGUGCGUCCAGCACGGCCCCGGAGAGCCCGCGAGCGAGAGAGAGCUCAGCCUGAGGGCCGCGGGUCUCCUGCGGCCCCCGGACGUGUCCGAAAUCUCCCAGUCUGAGUCCAUGGCCAAGGGGAAGGGAGUCAUCCUGAGCUGCCGCAUCGCGGGGCAUUUCCCGGGGGAGCUGAGCGUGACCUGGCUGCGGAGGGGCAAGGGGGAGGACACUGCUGUGAUCCUGCGGGACUCGACUGAGUGCAGGGUGGAGCCCGGCACGGCCGUCCUGGCACGGGACGGGAAGAGCUUCCAGCAGGAGACCAGACUCACCCGCUGGACAUCCCGGGACAAGGGGGCAGAGUACAUCUGCCGUGUGGGACACCUCACCCUGGAGACCCCCAUCGAGAGGAGCAGCGCCUGUCAUCCGCGGCCUCUGGGCAUGGGGGAUGUCUCCUGCCUGCAGGCCCUGGUGCCUGGGCAGCCGGAGUCCAUGCAGCACCUUCUAUCAGGAUCCUACCCCAGGCAGCUGGCAAUGACCUGGCUGGGAAAGAGAGCAAGGAAGAAGAAGUGAAGGCCCCUGGGGAUCUCAGACCCUCACAGGAUCCACACCUCCGCCCCCAGCCAUGUGCCGGAUGAAGAGUCCUACAGCUGUGAGGGGCUGGCUGGCAGUGACCUAGCCCAGGGGUUUCGAAAGGGCAAAACAUGAUUGGAGGACUUGGGAUUCCCUUUCCUCACCAAUCAGGCCCCAGAGACUCACCCUCCAUGUCCCCUGAUUGGCCCCUUGGGUCACCUGGAGGGGGAUAAAAGGGGCAGCACGGCUGACUCAGGAGAGACCAGCGAGGGACCACAAAGAAGGAGCUGGUAAGAGCUGAGCCAGCUGUUACCCCAGAGGAGCCUGAAGAAGCAGGACCUGCAGGCACCGGUUGGACCCUCAGCAGCACGGCCGUGCUCCACAUGGGGCUGAGCCUCCCCCACUCCCACGAAGGCAGCCCGCCACGCUCCUGUGAGCCCCAGCCACAGCUAUCGGCAGCACCUGGCAGGGCAGUUCCCGCUGUGACUGAAGCUGGUGGGAUGUUCCCCCGCUCCCCACACCUCCAGCUGGGCUCAGGCUUCGGCCACGCUGCACCCUGCCACACCACUGCCGGUGGGUGGAAGCCUCAGCCCAAAGGCUUCUGCUGAGCAGUCAGCUCUGGCUCCAGCUCCUGGCCACCUUCUGCACACCUCGCCUGCCCACAGGGGCUGCUCAUUAUGCUGGGCAGGCAGACUGGGUGGGGCACCUACCUUGGAGAUCUUUAAAAAGAGACUAGACACACAACCUGCUGAGGUUAUUUGAGAGAAGCAGUCUUUCCUGCCCAGAGCAGGGGGUGGAUGGACCCGAUGAGCUGACGAGGUCCCUUCCAGCACUAAACUGCUGUGAAUGUGUGAGGGUGGCUGGGAGCUGGAGCCAGAGCUGCAUGUGCUGGGCAGGAGCCACCUGCAGAAACUCUCCCCACCCAGAACUGGUGGCAGGGGCAGUUUCUCCUGGGUGGUUAUCUCACACCUGGCCCCCUCCGUUUUCUUCCCCUUCUUUCAAAGCACUCACCCCCAGGCAGGCCAGGCAGCUCCUUUUGUCUCACUCACCCUUUUGGCAGUUGCACGUGGAGGCUUCCCCUCAGGCCUUGCCUCCCCGAGUCUCAGCCCCCUCAGGUGCCUUGGGAACUCUCCCUUGCUGCAUCUCUUUCCCCCAAGCUGAUACUGUUGCACCACAGUCCUUUCCCCGGCACUCAUGCAGGGUUUAUCCCACUCUUUUACUGACCCCAUGUUUCCAAACGCAGCAGCAGUCGGCAUCCUGCUCUCUGGGCUCUGUGAGCUAUGUGCUCACCUGAAGGGGUUUGUGAAGCUGGCUCACGAGCUCUGAGGGCUCAUUCCAGGGAUUGCUCUCUCCUGCUCGAUCCUCCAGCACUGCACAGACCUCCAGCCACUUGUGAAGGCUUCAAUAGGCCCCCACAGGUGGGACCACGCUGCCAGCUCGCCGACCCUCGUCCCUCCGCACUGCCUCCACUGCCCUUGGGAGGACAGCAGCCCCCAGCCCAUCCCCAGGCUGCAUCUUCCCAGGCUCCUCACUGAGGUUUCAGUCUUGACUCCCGGCUGGGGACCACAUGAACUAUAAGUACCUCGGCCAACUGGGACAAAAGGGUGGGAGCUCCCGGUCAGGGGUGCCUGCUGGGACGGUCCUCUUCACACAUUCAGACACAUCCCGACUAGGACACCCUUAAGGUGAGUGCCCCAUAAACUAUCUGUGACAUCCAUAUAUAAUACAUAGCGUAUAAUAUGUGUGUGUACGUAUAAAGGACAAAAGUAUUCUGGUGCCUAGAUGUUUGUGUUGGAAAAACAUUUUACUCAAGAGCGUUUCCAUUUCCUGGCUGAUCACUGGCAUAGACAGAAGAUGUCCUGGGCAGAGCCCAGUUUUGAAAGCAUAUUAAAUACUUACCACUUACUUUAAAUGACAGAACAAGAAUCCUACUCAGUCUUCACAAAACACAGCAAGAGAAAUCCUCUUGCCCUCCAGCCCUUGCAGUGAGUCUGUCAUUCA